AAAAAUAUAAAUAUAAAUACUCCGCAAAUAUAUUUUGCAAUACCUACCAAAUGAACGAACGAACGCAUCUCUGGGGUCUGGAAACUCCGAAACAUUAGAGAAUAUCUUCAAACGAUAAAAGAAACAAAAACAGAACAGACAAUUAUAAAUCAAACCUCACCAUUCUCUCCUCUUCCCUCUUCUUUCUUCCUGUAAGAUCAAAAUAUCAUAUUCAGACCAAGGGUAAGUUAGCACUCUGCAACUAUCUACACCCAAGUAUACUCGAGUGUAUACAUCAGAUCAGGGUUGUGAAGCAAAGUUAUUCUGACUCUAUCUCAUCUACUCAAGUAUCAUGUUUCUUUCACUAAGGAAACAUCCAUCAAUGGUAAAUGGUACUCGUAAAAGGUCAGGCUCGUAUAAGUUUAUCUGGUCUGAUUUCUGAAACAACACGAGUAGAGAUCUUUCCCCAUCCCCAUCGCAGAGUUCAUCUAGAGCACUUACAUCUCUCAUUGUUCCCAACCUCCUGCCUUAGUAGCACACUGACCUCGUUUCAUCUUCGAAGUUUCCAAACACGGCAUAACUCACACACGUGAUCAAAUCCUCCGACCAAAUCAUCAUGACUGACUCGGAUUUCGAGGAUGGUCCUGAUCUAUUCGCUGAGCCAGCUGAUUAUUACCCUCCAUCGCCGAAACCAACCACAGAAACCCAUACGCUUCUCUCCGGUCACACACUUACUCUGCAUCUCGUUGGUCACAAUCCACUUUGGGGACAUCAUCUUUGGAACGCUGGUCGCAUCAUAUCCAACUACUUGGAAAAGAAUCCUUCGUUGAUUUCUUCGAAAUCGGUACUAGAGCUUGGUGCAGGUGCUGGUCUUCCGAGUCUUACUUGUGCUUCUCUUCAUGCCAAAAAUGUCGUCGUCACGGAUUAUCCAGAUUCAGAUCUCAUCGACAAUCUUCGAAAGAACAUUUCCGUCUUUUAUGAGCAAUUCCCUGAGCUAAAGAUAGAUGUUAAAGAAAGCUUGAUCGCUGAAGGUUAUUGUUGGGGUGCUGAUCCAUCCCCACUACUGUCACUCCUACCUUCAGAGGACAAAGACGCUGGGUUUGAUGUAUUAAUACUAGCUGAUCUCCUCUUCAAUCACUCCGAGCACGCGAAACUAUUGGAUUCUAUCAAAAAAACUCUUAAGAAGGAUAGGAACUCUACAGCCCUUGUAUUUUUCACUCCAUAUCGACCUUGGUUAUUGGAGAAAGACGUGGCGUUCUUUGACUUGGUACGGGAGGGAGGUAUGACUGUUGAAAAGGUCUUGGAAGAGAAGAUGGAAAAAGUGAUGUUUGAGAAGGAUAGAGGAGAUGAAGAGCUGAGGAGGACAGUUUUUGGUUUCGUUGUGAAAUGGGCCGAUCAGGGCAGGGGUUGAUGGUUAGCAUGAAUUCCAUCGAUCCGGUUCUCAAAGGCUAGAUCAUCGACUUGGACUAUGGAGGGUGCGAGAUUUAUUGCUUAGCUCGAUCGACCUUAUAAAUCGAGUGGUCCUUAUACACUAGAGCCCAUAUCAUGGUCGUCCGAGGUAAUCAGCUCAGAGCUUCAUGCGAAAGUCACCGAACUUGUGUUUGGUAUUUCCACGUGCCUAUAGUGAAUCGCGUAGACGGCAGGCACGAGGUAGCUGCCUAUUAGCUGCAAUCAAAUGUGGUUGAGCCUUGAAAGUUUCCGAGUCGCGCCGCGAUCGAUAUAUAUUUUGGCAACAUCUAUUGCUUUUCAAGUGAACUUUCGUAUCUUCCGCACUAAUCGAAUCAACAAAAUCUUACCAAAUAACAUGAGCACCCCAGUUACAAGCGCAUUCAUCACAGGACGCAAUUAGAGCACAUGGGUGGACGCAUGACCACGAGUUUCUACGGCUGAU